CGAAAUACCUGCCACCCGAGGAGCUGUGGAUGGAGACAUGCGCCAUUUCCGGAAGCUGCGAGGCCGUGGAGCUGUGGAGCGCUGUCCGAGCGCGAGUGCCUCCUGGUGCUGCACCUGUACACCUUUCUCAAGCACGAGCACGAGAUGGAGAGAGCAAGGAGGAAGGCGGCACGCACGGGUGGCAAGAUGGCAACAAGAGACUUGCCGAAGGAAGUCGCCGUCAUGCUCGGGUGUUCAGCGGCAACGGUGAAGCUGCUGCUGAGCAAGUGGAAUCGAAUGAAGCGGGAGGCUGGCAAGCGCCCCAACAGCCUCAAGAUCACCAACAACCGGGGCACAAGCGCAAAGCCACAGCGUGUCCCGUUCACGGAGCGCGUGACCAGGCUUGUCAGAGACUUUACCACACAAGCGCAGAGCAGCGGCCGGGUCAUCAAUGCCACGCAACUCACGAAGCACCUCAUUGAGAGCGGGGUGCUGUCUGUGAAGGUGAACCCACUCACGAGCCAGCCGGAGCACAGAGACCUCCAGGCCGCAAGGAGGGCCACACAGCGGUUCUUGGUGCGAUCCGGAUACUUGCAAACUCAGGGUAGGGAUGAGAGAAAGGCACGACCGACAACCCAUCUCGACAAGCUCGCCGACUAUCUCCACACCUUGUUCAAGAACCGCGAGCGGCCUCCCGAACAACAGCUGCGCGAGGUGUAUCUGGACGAAGCGUACGUGCAAGCAGCAACCAACGACAGCUCUGUUCGGCUGUCCACCCACGAUCCCAGUCACCAAUGGAACGCUGCUGAGCAGGAGAAGACCACGAAGACGAACGGCCCUCGCAUGCGUGUUGUGCUGGCCAUUCAGAACCGCGACCCACGCUCCGCCGACCCCUCGCAGCCGUGCACACCGCAGCAGCAGGCAGGCAUUGUUGAGGGCACAGCAUGGGUGGCUGAUCCUGAUGAGGCGAAGCGACGGAAGGGAGAGGGCGGUGAUCCGACGACGAAGAACAGGAAGAAGAGGAAGGCGAAGAUGAUGACGCUGAUGACGAUGAUGCAAAAGAUGAACGAGCGGAGUGAUUCCCACACGACGGAUGAUAGCAAGGCCGUCGAUACGACGAGCUUUCGCCAGUACUGGGUGUCCCAGCUGCUCCCGAGCCUGCACCAACCAAGCCUCAUCAUCAUGGACCACGCAGCACACCGCAAGCUCUUCCCUCUGCACAUCCCAUACGUUGCGAUCGCAAGCAAGGCGGACCUGCUCGGGUUCCUGACGGCGCCACCGACGGGCGCCGAGACAGUGGAGGAAGCUGUGGCGGAGAUUGGGACCGGGACACCAUUGACAUCACAACCAGUGGCAGCAGCAUCAACAAGUGGCGGUGAUAGUAGUGGUGGUGAAGGUAACGAUGAUGGUGUUGGAGUUGCAGGCAGCAGUAGCAGCAGCGACAGCCGUGAUGAGUAG